AUGAUGUAUGCUCUUGUUCCUUAUACUAGCUUCGAUGCUCCAACUUCUACUAGACGAGACCAAAAAUUUUCAGGCCUCUCCAACCAAGGAGCCACUUGCUAUAUGAAUAGUUUACUUCAAUCUCUUUUCAUGACUCCAGAGUUUCGCAAGAAAAUCUAUAUAUGGACUUAUGAUGAGCGAAAGCAUGGUGAAAAGAAAGAUUGCAUUCCAUAUCAGCUCCAGCUCCUAUUUGGGAAACUCCAAAUUGCGAAAAGCCCAUACGUCGAAACUAAAGCACUAACUAAAAGUUUCGGUUGGGAUAUAAAAGAAAGCUUCCAACAGCAUGACGUUCAAGAAUUCUGUAGAGUCUUAUUUGAUGCUAUUGAAGAAAGUGUCAAAGGAACACCAGAUGAGAACAUGAUUAAUUCAAUGUAUGAAGGAAUUUAUACUGAUUAUGUGAAAUGUUUAAACUGCAAACAUGAAUCCAAGCGUCAGGACAAGUUUCUUGACCUUUCAUUAACCGUCAGAAACGAUUUCGAUAAGAUUUAUAACGAUUCUGUCGAAAAAGCUUUACGGUCAUAUAUAAAGCCAGAUAAGCUGACUGGGGAUAACCAAUAUUUUUGUGAAAAUUGCAAUGCAAAACAAGAUGCUCUGAAGGGGCUGAAGUUCGAAAGACUGCCUUAUUUUUUGGUUUUGCAGCUUAAAAGAUUUGAUUUAGACUACACAACUUUUCAAAGAAUCAAGCUUAAUGAUAAGGUGACUUUUCCCCAAAUUCUCAAUGCCAAUCCUUAUGUUGGGGACAUAACAGAAGAAAUUAUUGAAGAAACCUCAGCAGCCCAAAAUAUAGAAGAAGACAAAAAAGAGGAAUUGCCUUAUCUUGACGUGGUCCCGGCAGAUCUAGAUUCCAGAAAUCUUGUACAAAUAAAAAACAGCAAAAUCGAAUACUUGUCUGAUGACCGAGAUAAAAAGCCCACAAAAAUUGACCAGGUCGUAAAAGAUAAAAUAAUUGCCAAACAAGCUGAAGAACGAAAAGCAAAGCAGCACGCACAAAUUGAAGAAUACUUAAAACAAGGCGAAAACGUGUAUGAGCUGUUUUCAAUUAUGAUUCAUUCAGGAUCAGCUUUAGGAGGGCAUUACUACGCUUAUAUAAAAUCAUUUGACGACGCUAGCUGGAAUAAUUUUAAUGAUUCUUAUGUAAAAGGAAUAGAAGAAAGAGAAAUAGAAAAAGUGUAUGGCGGCAAAGGAAACACCAAAGGCUGGGACUCAGGGUAUUCCGCUAAUGCCUAUUUGCUUAUGUAUAGAAAAGUCGCCCCAGAGAAUAUCAUCAAAAUAGAAGACUCAGAAGUCCCAACAAUAAUUAAAGAAGAGCUUGUAAACCAAGUAGAAAAAGAUAAAGAAGAACAAGCUGAAAGAGUCGAAAAAUAUAAAUCAUUAACACUCAAACUUUAUUAUGGCAAAAAAGAAAUCUCAAUAAAUAUAAAGAAAGACGAAAACGUCAAAGCCAUUAAAGAAGAAGCUAUAAAAGCGUUCAAAAUAACAGAAAUCGCCCCAGAAAAUAUUAGAAUUAGAGGGUAUUCUGUUUAUUAUGACAUUUUCCAAGACGUUUAUGAUGAAGAAAAAACUGUUGAAAGCCAACAGAUAUGGAACUGAAAAGUCCUUGGAGUAGAAACUAAAAAUUCUGAUGAAGAAUGGCCACCUUAUGACCCUAACCAAAUCACUAUAAAAGUCAACCUUUGGAGCUCAGAAAUGGAAGACUCCACAAAGUCAUUUGAAGAAAAAACAUCAAAUCCCCACAAAAUCAUAAUCAGCAAAAAAGACACUGUUGGAGGAAUGAUGGGGAUCUUUGAGACGAAAUUUAACAUCCCUCAAGACCGACAAGUGAUUUUAAAGAAAACGUAUAUGGGCAUGACAACUCAAUGUGAAAUCGUCAACUCUAAAGGGAGUUUAGGGAAUUCUUUAUCAUAUGCAAAAAUUUAUGAAGGAUCAAUUCUUUAUUUAGAAGAAUCUGACGAAAAUUCCAAAACUCCGAAAUGGCAGCAGCAGUUAGAUUUAGAAUCAAGAAGAUAUGUGAUUCGAUUUAACCACCCUGAUGAUGUUCCUAAUUACACAAAUCAGCUAGACUACAAUCUUAGCGUCGUGCUAGACUGCUAUUCAACAUUGCAAACCCUUAAAGAAAUGAUUGCAACCAAGCUGAGCUUAUCAAUUGACGAAUUCAUUAUGAAAAGAGGCGGAAAGCACUCCCAAGAAAUAAAAGACCUCACAAUUAAACUAACCCAAGCAAGCUUAGUAAACAAUAGCGUUAUUUUUAUAGAAAGAGGAAAACCGACCAAGCCUAAUGAAUACAGGAUUUUGUUUUCCCUGGCAACUGAAGCUGAUGAGUCUGAAGGUGACGCAGUCUGCUAUAAAUUUAUUGAUUUAUUUGAUAUGCCACUGGAUGCAGGAAUGAUGGUUAGCGAAGUUAAGACUAAAGUUUGUGAAAAAUUAAAUGAAAUGUACCCAUCUAUGGGAGUUGAGGUCGAAAAAAUAAGGCUAAGAGAGAGAAAUUCUGAUAAAUUAGCAAGAAUACUGAGAAAAGAUGACAUGCUGAGGCAAUAUGCGCUAUAUGAAAAGAAAAAUAUUUCGAUACAGAUUUUGGAUACUGAGUCAGUGGAAUCUAGCAAGCUGGUCACUAUUGUGAAAAGAUGGUGGCCUUCGACGUGGCAGGUAUCAAAACCAGUUGAGAUCUUUAUAUCGAAAACAAGCACACUUGAAGACUUCGGCAAUAAGCUGUCAACCGCUUUUGAUAUUCCAGUAAAUUUUACGUAAGCUUAUUGAGAUAGGAUAAAUACGAUAAGAUUGAAAUUAGUCUCUUUCCCUGUGAAAAUAAGAAACAUGGAUUAUUUAAAAAAGAAUUUAAUAAUUGUAAAUAGAAAUAGAUAGAAAAGCUUGAAGUUACAAAGAUUACAUAUAGCUGGAAUUUCUCAAGAACUGACCUGCCUAAUGAGAUAUUUUACAAGGUAAAAGGGAAUAUGAACAUCAUGAGCCAAAAUCCUUGGUUUUUGACAAUGGAUGGGAACUUAUUCUUGUAAGAACUAAUUAGUGUUAAAGAUAAAACUGAAGCAACGAGAGAUUUAACUGAGGAAGAAAAGAAAAAAUUCAAUAAAAGUUCAGCAUAUACAUCAAGCUACAGCAGCUAUUCUUCAACGACUACGUGGAAAUAUGAACCUCCUAAAGAAGAAGCUAUGAAAAUCACAGUAAAAAAGAAAAAUCAUGAAGAGGAAAAGAGAAAUGGUGAAGAAAGAUCUGAAGAUAAAGAAACAGAGCCAGAAUUAGAAUCAUAA